AUGGACCUGGAUCCCUCCAAGGGCCUACAGAAGCCUGAGCACAAUUCUUGCCCGUUGUGGGUUAAGUUUUUUAAUAUCCCUCUAGUUGCUUUCAAUAAAGAGGGUAUUAGUCGUAUUGCUAGUGCCAUAGGCGUCCCAUUACGUUUAGAUGCUUGCACUGCCUCCACUUGUGAUAAAGCAUGGGGUCGUACUAACUUUGCUAAAGUGUUGGUGGAUGUGUGGGCCGUGGGUGAAAUGCAGAGGAAUAUUGAAGUGGUUAUUCCAAGGCUAUCAGGUACUGGAGAGGAUAUCAUUAAUGUUGUUCUGGAAUAUGAUUGGGUUCCUUCCCAAUGUUCAGUUUGCAAAGUGUUUGGUCAUCGAACGGUGUCAUGUAUGAAAGGGGAUAAUGCAAAGCCAAGGGUUUCUGAUACCUUCACGCAAAAAAGGGGGUUUAAAGAGAUCAGGCGGAAACAGUGGAGGCAAAAGGAUACAUCAGGCCGUAAGGAUUUUCAAGCAACAUCAUCUGGAGCGGUCACAGGUACGCAUGAUACUUUAACUGGGGUUGGUGAUUUAAAACGGGUUCAGGAGGUGUCCAAUCCCUCGGGGAACGAUCCAAAUGUCAAACAUGUUUCAAGUUCUGGGGAUUCUACGAAUUUGGAGGGGAAGGAUAAUGGAAAGGUGGACGGUYAGUUCUGUACGGUGAAUGCGGGACGAACGCCAAGGGGGAGAGAGGAUGUUUCCAAUGUUAAAAUCUUAUCGAAAGGGAAUCCGGAGUUAGUGCAAAAGGUGGUGCAAGCUUUUAAACCUAGGAGAGGUGCAGUUCUUGAGCUGAAAACUAGCAAUCGGUUUUCUUCUUUAUCUGACGAGUCUAGUGAUGAUGACGAAAUGGAGAUCAUUGACACGGAGGGGCACAUUAAGGCACAACGAAGAGAGGAUGUUCCACCUUCGUCUCAAUGA